AACAGCUGGGUAAAUGUCGAAUAAACAACGACCAUCAAAACCAGGAAAAUAGUUUAUAAACUUAAUGAAAAUAGAUUGAUUAUAGGCGAUAAUUUAUCAUUAUACAUGGUUGGUGCGACAUUAACAUAAUUUCGGUCAGUUCGCGUUGUUGGAAAAUACGUCUUUCUUACAGUGAAUGUGCAUAACGAGUGGACAGGAAUUUAGUACAGUUAAAAAGUUGCAACAAUUAAUUAAAACAUUGCAUGUGAAUAUGUGUAGGCAGUUGUUAACUGAAGAAUUUAUUAACACAAUUUGAAGCAUUAUAAUGGGAGUGACAUAAUAUUUGAUUGAAGAUGAGCGAGGAGACAGUCUUACCAGCCAAGGGGUGUCUUCCCAAAGUCUCAAACACUUGGCGAGCAGUAUUCGGAGCAAUUACUUCAACAAAUCGAAUUCAUCCGUCCGACCCAGUACCUCCUAAAGAUAGUGAGUUCAUUUUCAUUGAAUCUAAGAUUAAAAUAAGGGUAGUUCAUCUAACUCCCGAAAAAGUGCGACAGUCAUUAAUAAUCGCUCAAAACAUCUCUUCGAAACGAAGCUCUGUGUCAGAUGAAUAUUGGUUUAUGAGAAGCAAACCGCUAAGGAACACCACUUGCAAUUGUUCUUUUAGAAAUUCCAUCAGAAAAUCGUAUAGAAAUUCCAAUAUAUCUAAUGGGUCAUCAGCUCAAAAAGAUUUGCACCUCCAAAACGAUUUAAAUCAUGCAUCUGAACACACUAGUACAAAGUGUAAGGUAGAUAAAGUAGAAACAUUCGUGGAUCAAUUGAUAGAAAAAACAAUAAAUGAAGCACUCAGUGAAUGUAUGGAAAGUACUAAGACAAAAGCGAAUGGUAUUGUUAAUCUUGCAUAUGAAAGAUCGGAAGUGGAUUCUGCAAUUACACGAAAAGUCCAUUUGAAUAAACCAAAUGGAAAACCAUAUGAAAUACCACAAACGUCUAGUCCUCCAAACUCCAAAAAAUGUGUUCACAAAAGAAUAAAGCCGUUAAUAAUGUUGAUUCAUGGAUUGGGCAGUACUGCGGAUAUUUGGAACAUUUUGAUCAACAAUCUGUUAUUUAAAGGAUUUGAAGUGGUUGCCCCUGAUUUGCUUGGACAUGGCUACAGUUCAGCUCCUAACAAAGCUAGUUUUUAUCACUUCUCAAAUCUAUUGAGCCAAACCAUGGCCGUAUUUGAUUAUUUUAUGAAGAAAGAAGACAAGAGGAAAUGCAUCCUUAUUGGACAUUCGUAUGGUUGUAGUCUAAUAACAGCUUUAUACCCAAACAGAGCAACAAAAAUUGCACAGUUAGUUUUAAUAAGUGGAGGUGGACCAACUCCUUUAGCUCCACCUGCUGACAUGAAUGAUAUAUCACCAUAUGGUUGGGCUCAUAAUUUAUGUUAUCCAUUUAUGUAUUGUGGUCUAAAAAGAAGCUUCUUUUACUCAUCAAGAGGCAAGAACUUCAGGUUUUGUGAAGGUGAAACCACAGUACCUCCUCAUAUAAGAGAUUAUUUAAUACAAGGGCAGUAUUGGCCUGAAGGCGAUGCCUCAUUUCAUCGCAGAAUUUUAGUGCCAACUUUGCUGGUACACGGUUUGCAAGAUAAACAAGUGACUUUGGUUCAGGAAUGUGAAAUGGAAAGGACGAUACCAAGGUCCUUUUUAGAAUUAAUACCCGAUGCUGGUCAUUUGUCAAUGCUCGAAUCACCUGAACACCUUAGUCAUAUGGUUGGUUGUUUUUUAGAAAUGUGGACUUAAUAUUUGUAAAGGACUUUAGAUUUUAUUUAUAUUGAACAAUUAAUAAUAUAAUUGGCAUUUGUAGAAAAUAGAAGGUGAUAUUUCCAUAACAUAUAUGUAUACAAGGAUUUAUUUUGGUUUCUAUUGUAAUUUUUAAAAAAUUGUGUACUUUUGACUGUCAAAUGUAUAUUGACUCGGAUUCUAUUUUUUGGGAACAAGUAAAAUGUUUAUAUAUUGACAAUAACAAUUAGGCCUUUUAUAUCGUAGAAAUUGUAUUAUUCGGUAUUUUUGAGAUUUAUAAGUCUUGCAUUAAGAGAUUUUAGAAUUAGCUAUUUUGUAUUUUCUUGUUAAGUGAUACAAUUUUAUAUUUUUUAUAUAUCUACCUGUUAAAAUGAACAAAAUAUGUAUUUACACAAGUUUUUGUGGUAGAAGAUUCAGAGUGUGAUAAUUUCAAGACUCCGUCCAUUUUCCCAAUUUGUUAAAACAUUUGUAAUAUAAAUAAACUACAGUAAAAGA